AUGGAUCCACCACCUGCUAAUGAAGAUCAACCAGACGCGUCGGAUCUGGAUCUCACCUGGAGCUCAGAUCAAGAUUAUGAUGAAUGUGUAUACUACCACGAAGGAAGUGAUCUGUACGCGGAAGAUGUCGACGGUCAGAUUGCGGUACUGCCAGAAGUGCCCGUGACAACGGAAGAUGCAAAGAUCGAGGACAUCCAGCUAUGUGGAUUUGAUGAUCAGACCCCACAAGAAAUUGAUCGACUUCGCCAAAGCGUCUGGAAGUUCCGACACCUCUUGAUUGGCAAAGGAAAUGCCCUCCCGCCGGCGACCAGAGGUGUUGUAUGCGACAUCGAUGUCGGAGGAGCGAGGCCUAUCGCCCUGAACUGUCGUAAGUUGCGGAUCCAGUUCAGGGAGAAGCUGGCGGACUUGAUCAAGGGCCUGUUGUCUGCUAAGAUGGUCAAUUACUCUAGAUCACCAUGGGCCUCCCCGAUCGUGGUGAUCAUCAAGAAGAACGGAGUGGAUAUCAGGUUGUGCAUUGAUUAUCGGUUGGUUAACAGCCUAACUCAACUGAUGAUCUACCCAGUGCCUUUGAUCAACGACUUAUUUGAAGAUCUUUGA